AUGCUUCGUCGCAGCCACAAAAAGUCACGGGGAGGUUGCUUGCAAUGCAAGCGACGACAUGUCAAGUGCGAUGAAGGUCGCCCCGUAUGCCUCCUAUGCACCAUGUCCGGGCGGGAUUGCAGCUUUGUAUCCCAAGCCCCGGCGGAGAAUCUCUCGACAUUGGGUAAUACAUCUUCGCAUGAGCGGUCCAUAAGCCCAAGAGACAACCACAGCCAUUUGGGCGUUGAUCUACCCGAUGUUACCCCCCCGACUACCGCCCCCCCGUCCCAUCCUGAGCCACCAGAACGUCAAAGCAUCAACAACUACCACCAAGACCCGACGCUUGACGAUGCCGUCAACCUCAGCCACAUGGAACUUCUCAUCCACAUGAUCCUUGACAAGGGGAUGUUCCCCCCAGGUGGUGUCACCGACUACGCGUCCACCAUCUCGCUCGGCCUCAACAUAGGUCUCAAGUCACCAUAUCUCCUACACCAGCUCCUCGCCUUCUCCGCCCGCCACCUAGCCUUCCUGCACCCCGACCGUUCGGCCUCCUACCUCCACCAAGCCGUGACCCUCCAGACGCGCGCCGUCUCGCUCUUCAACGCCGCCUGGACCGAGGUCGACCAGGCCAACUGCGUCGCCGUCCUCCUCUUCUCGUCCAUCCUGGGCCACCACCUCCUCGCCGACACGCUCGCCAAGCGCGGCGGCGGCCUGCAGGCCUUCAUGACACACUACAUGCAGUGUCUGGAGAUGCACAGGGGCAUCUACACCGUCGCCAAGACGGCCUGGCCGCUGCUCAUGGAGUCGGAGCUCGAGCCCAUCCUGUCGUGGAGCGCGGGGUUUACCUCGCGACUGCCGAGGGGGAACCACUGCCGGAGGAUUAGGGAGCUGGUGGAUGGUGCGGAGGGAUUGGGGGAGGAGGGUAGGGAGGCGUGUCGGCGGGCGAUUCAGUACCUGCAGGUUGGGUUUGAUGCGAUGUUGGGGGGUGAGGAGGAGGAGGAGCAGGGGUACCGAUACGAGAUGAUCUUCUCGUGGACAAUGCUUGCACCGCCGGAGUUCACAGGGCUGUUGGCGGCUAAGAGGCCUGAAGCUUUGGUGUUGCUGGGGUACUAUGCGUUGCUGCUGCAUUAUGGGAGGAGCAUGUGGCAGGUUGGGGACGCGGGGGCGUAUAUAUUGGGAAUCAUUGUUGAGUAUCUUGGCCCAGAGUGGAAUCAUUGGCUUGAAUAUCCACGGCAAAGGGUGGCUGACGAUCUCGAACCAAACACGAGAAUCUCACAUUGA